AGUAUUUACAUUCAUGCCCAACCCCUUUACUCGGCCUCCCCACUUUCACUUUCACAAAUAGAGUGUUAAACGGGUAUCUCGUUCGUGACGUUUUUCUAAUUUUCCAACCAACACCGUGUCGUCCCCGUUUCUCAACAGGAGUGGUUGUGUAGUCGUGUUUCUUGGAACCUCUGCCUCUGUGAUGGAACUCCAAACCAUUCUCAAAACCUCACUUAAGUGCAAAUAUCAUGAACUGAAUGAAAACUCAUUACUCCCUUCGAGACUUUGCUAUCGGGAUCUCAAGCAGGACUACCAUUUAUCAAAUUUGCACGAGCAUGAGUUUAGAUAUGUGGACAAUUCUGACGUUCACACUUGGGCUGUUUUUACAACUGUCCCGCUCACAGAUAUUUUAUCAUGUGACUGCAAACAUAACAGCAGCAAAAGAACAAUCAUCACUUUAGGAGUGAGUGGAGUUGGAAAAACAACAACAGUGCAGAGUUGUGCUCUCGAGUGGGCUGAGGGGAAAGGGUACCAUGAUAUCCACCUCCUGUUUCCUCUCACAUUCUGGGAGUUAAAUUUGCUAAAACAUGAAUUGAACAUACUUGAACUUCUCCAGACAUUCUACCCAGAAUUGAAGGAGCUUGACCCUUCCAGUCUUAAUGACAACAAUGUGUGGUUGGUUCUUGAUGGACUCGAUGAGUACCAUCUCCCGCUAAAAUUCAGCUGUCCAACAGUGAGUGAUGUUUUUGAGGUCUCCACAGUGGAUGUUCUUGUGACCAGCUUGAUCAAGGGGACUUUACUUCCCAACGCUCAUGUCUGGAUAACAACCCGGUAUGCAGCGGCAACACAAAUCCCUGAUUGCUAUUUGCUUAAAGAGACUGAGGUACAAGGGUUCAGUGAUGAACAAAAGGAGCAGCACUUCCAAACAGUCAUCGGUAAUGAUGAUUUGGCCAACAAAGCCAUCAACCAUGUGAAAAUAUCAAGGAGUCUGGACUUCCUUUGUCAGAUCCCUCCAAUAUGCACCAUCAUGGCAAAUGUUUUGAAGACUCACUUAAAAGCACAUGAGGGGUUUAAAAUCAAUCCUUUGAAUCUUACCCAGAUUUACACAAAUCUGGUCAAAGCAUCAAACUCAGAUAUUAUCACCAAGUUGAAAAAGCUGGCACAGGUUCGAAUGGAAGAAGGUGGUAAUGUAAUGUAUGAGGAAGAUCUUUUGGAGAGUGAUAUAAGUGCUGAGGAAGUGUCAGCCUUCUCCAAAGAAUGUCCGCUUGUGUUGAGAGAAGAAAAGGGGCUGCAUAACACCACAGUGUUUCGCUUUGGUCACUCAAGCAUACAGGAGUUCUUUGCUGCAUCUGCUAAACUUGACGACAUUGAAGCAAAUUCUUUACUGUCUGCAUGUUGUCAGUAUCUGGUGGAUGUGGCACUGCAGAGCACUGAGGGAAAAUCUGAUGUCUUCCUACGUUUCAUCUUUGGCCUCAUUAAGGAGCGUCAGAUGUUGGAGCCCACUGAUCGGCUGUUUGACUACACCAAGAAGAAGAUCCUAGAGAAAAUUACUUCUUACAGCGCUGUGGUUCUGUUCCACUGUCUGAGGGAAUAUGACAGCCAGGCUUUACUGAAUGAGGUCAAGUUCUUUCUAAAGUUUGGCUUCUCUCCAAUCCAUGGAUUGACACCAGUGCACUGGAAAUUCAUGAUCCAAAGGACUAAGGCUUUUGAAGGGAUGAGGGAGAAUUUUGAGAUGCAAGUAUCCACAAGAUGUGAUGAAAAACUCCUCAGAGAGCUACCAGCUAUUUUGAAGUCAAGGAAAGCCAUGCUGCGGUUCUGUAACCUGACAGACAAGUGUUGUCCAGCCUUGGCAGCAGUCCUGAGCACCAGAGAGUCAUACCUGAGAGAGCUGGACCUAGGAUACAACAGCAUCAGUGACAGUGGAGUCGCAGCACUUGUGGAGGGGCUGAAUGAUCAAAACUGCAGACUGAAAACGCUCAGGUUGCAAGGCUGUGAAGUGAACUCACAAGCCUGUAAAUACCUGGCCACAACCCUAACACAGUCCCUGAAACUGCUGGAGCUGGAUCUCAGCAGGAAUGACAUAGGAGAUGAUGGACUGCAACAUCUUGCAACUGGUUUGAGAUCUCAUGAAUGCCAGUUAGAAACACUUAAACUAUCACAGUGCAACAUUGAACAGAAGGGCUGCCAUUACCUGGCCUCAGCCCUGCAGGACAACUCCAACCACCUGACAGUGUUGGAUCUGAGCAUCAAUAUGGUUGGAGACAAGGGGGCCAAUGAGCUCUUUACAAAGUUUGAUAUAUCACAGCUAAGAAAGCUGGAGAUGUACCACUGUGGCCUCACUGAGUCAAGUUGUGGAAAUAUUGGGGAGGCUCUGAAGUCUGAAAGCAGCAGUCUGGUUGAACUCAAUCUGAGCAACAACAGCUUAAAAGAUAGAGGGUUUGCACUCAUCUGUGAAGGCAUGUAUGCGUGGUGUAGUCUGGAAAAACUCAAUGUUUCAAGAUGUGGAAUCACUGGUAGGGGUUGCAUUUUCUUGGCAAAGGUCCUAGGCUCAGUCUCGCAGCUCUACAGUGGAUGGAUGCAAAAAACAGGCUGGCAGGCAGUUGAGCUAAAAGAAAUUGACCUCAGCAUGAACUGCCUAAGAGACAAAGGAGUAAAAGAAAUUUCAACUGGGCUGGAGAAUCCCUACAGCCAUCUGAAAACUCUCAACCUGAGCCACUGCAGCCUGACGGAUGAGUGCUGUGCAGAGCUUGCAUCAGGACUUGCGUCAGAAGACAGCAAUAUCAUUGAGCUGGAUCUGUCUGACAAUGACCUUCAAGAUAAGGGAGUGAGGAAACUGUGUGUGGGACUCAGAAACCCCCAGUGUAAACUUGAGAAGCUAUCACUGCGGAACUGUGGCCUGAGCUCAAAGAGCAUUCAGUUCCUGAUCACUGCCCUAAAGUCAAACCCUCACUAUCUGGCAGAGCUGCAUCUAAUGGGCAACAGUCUGGAGGACUCAGGAAUCAGAGUACUUAUGGAACUAACAAAGAGCCAGAAAUACUCAUUACAUACAAUAGAUGUUUCAGCAGAUUGAGGAGACAGACAGAAAACAAGGAAUCAAACUGACCAAACUGGCUCACAUUUCAGAGACAGACUAAAUGUCCUUGUAUUUCAGUGCAUGAUGUAGCAAAAAUAUCAAGUGUUGCUUAGUCCAUUUUUUCUUCAUUCAAUUGGCUUCAUCUACUCAGUUUAAAGUUUAUUUUCAGAUAUGUGCAUAUACCCAGAGGGUAUCUUAAAGCAAUAUCUUUUUCUUCUCUCUCUCUCUCUUUUUAAAAUCAUUUUGUAAUGUAUAUAUAUGUGUUUUUUUAAUCUAGUGUCUUAGCUCUAACCUAAGCAAAUGUUCUUUCAAAGUUUCAUUGUGUAGCAAUUGAAAGUAAGAUAAUGCAGAGACAAGUGAGAGGGAAAUUUCUGAUAGUUGAUAUUAUGUGCCUUUCUGAUAUUAUUUAUGUGCCUCGUUAUAUACAUUGUUGGAUGUAAUGCAGAACUUGAAAUGAUAUGUAAUAUCAGUACCUGCCGAAUAAAUUAGUUGCCUUUUGCUUAU